GAAACUUACGGUCAAUACCCCCAUUUGUUCCAAGUUCAAGGGAAACAUGCAAGCAACACCCCAGAGUUUUACCCUUUAAAGGGGGGAUUUGGUCCUGCAAGGAGGUCACAGCUCCACACCCAAGGACAUCGGCACAAGCGUUCCUGUGACCAGCAGGUUCCUCCAUCGUCUGCCAAGAUGGUCCUCCGUCCGUCCUUCCUUCUUAUCCUCGCCUGUCUGUCGGGAUCCUUUGGCCAACAAGAUCUCCGGAACAAGGCCUUUGUUUUCCCAACAUCAUCUGCCACGGCUGCUGUGCAUCUCGACGUCUCCAACCAGCAACCCUUGACCAAGCUGACCGUCUGUUUGAGACACUACACCCUCCUGUCCCGUUCGUAGGGCCUCUUCUCUUACGCGACCCAGUCAAAUAACAACGAUUUUCUGAUUCUGAAGAAGGACGUGAAUGAAUAUUCCAUUUAUGUCGGUGGUUCCGUCGCAGUUUUCAAGGUUCCUGAGAAGGCUGAACCAAGCUGGGAUCACAUCUGUGUGUCCUGGGACUCCACCAAUGGGCUGGUCUGGUUCUGGCUCAACGGGAAACCUUUUCCUCGGCGGAGUCUGAAAAAGGGCUACAGCAUCAGCCAGGAGGCUUCCAUCGUGCUGGGGCAGGACCAGGACUCCUUCGGAGGGGGCUUUAAAAUCGGCCAAUCCUUUGUGGGGGAGAUCUCAGACGUCAACAUGUGGUCCUGGGUGCUGAGACCAUCUCUGGUUAGAUUGUCCAAGAACAACAUUGACAUUUCUAACCCUCUGAUUAGCUGGAAGUCCCUGAGCUACACCCUCAAGAAUGAGGUCUUUCUGGAAGAUUUCCUGAGUCCCCAAGAGAAAUGCAUCUGAGUUGAAAGAAAAAAGAAAGAAAAUUCGCUUUGAAAAAAAAAUAUCUAUAUUUCUGCAAUGGGAUGCCAAUUGCUUAAGUAGCCGUUGAUGAAUUACAGGCAGGUGAUCCAUGCUUGAAAAGCUGGUGUGAGCAUGCUAGUUUCUUUAUCAAUAAAAUUAACUUCCUUUGUCAUGUUCGGCUGCGUGUUCCUUGUGGGUUCUUCUUUAUUGGGAAAAAUUCCUAAAUGCAGGUGCAGGGCCCAUAGUACUACCAUAAAGCAACUACAGAUAGAAUCUUGUAAGUUUUGGCAUGAGUCUCUCUGUGUUUUUCUUCCGACACAUCCUCCUUCAAUGCUCUUUUUUAUAGAGAUAUUCGAAAAAACCCUUAUCUUCCCAAUAAUCGAUAGGUAUUCGGACCAUUCCGACAUGGCUUAUCUCCAGCGUUGCCUCAAUGAUAGACUGCAAUUACAGCACUGGUGGCUAGAUUCUGCACAGUAGCACUGGGGAUUUGUCAGAAACAGGCAAUUCAUCCAUCCUAGUGAUUUUACACAAUGCAGCAAACUGUUAUUAUCCCUCUCUUGCAUUUUAGUAUUUAAUGAUGAUGGGCCUCACAGCGUAAGGAUUGAUAUUAUAGCUAGGCCGUGCUAAGUUUUGCUCGUGGGCAACUGACAGACUGGAUGCCAAAUUGUGAUUUUAAUAUAGAUGUUCUGUUAUUUAUUAUUUUGUUCUAUAAUUUUUUCACUGGAUGUUCCUUGAGAGUUUUUAACUUGGCUCUGGUCUUUUGACUGUAAUAAACAUUGACUUGAUUUGGCUCACCUGGGUCCUGACUAACUGAAAGGCAUGUGGGGGUGCCCAUGAGUGCAUCCACAUAAGAUUUACAAAAGUGUUAAUUCUUUAAAAAAGGAAUGGGUAGAGAGGCUUGGCAAGCUUCCUGCUUGAAUGGACAGACCCCUUCAUGUGGGCAGUAGCCGUAGGAGGGCUGCUGUUAAGGACCUCUCUUUUUUCUUCAGCUCCACAAUAAGGCAUCACCUGGUACCGAUAUUCCUGCAGCCCAACAGCCACGUCUGUCUCAGGGGCAGCAGAUAAGAUCCAAAUGUUUUUAAAAAGGCUUCACUCCCAAACAGUGAAAAGAACAAGAACUUUUCCCAAAUCCUGUUUAUUACACAAAGCCACGCAUUACAAACCAAGUCCGGAACACACAAAUCAAAAAAGAGGCAAGCAGCAUAAAAGGGUAACACUGCAUGGAUAAACUGGAGAUGAUCAAUAGUUACAGAAAACAGAAUGGUCAGGAAAAAAAUCAGCACCACAAGGAAGUACCGUAUUCACGUUUGGGUCAAGUGAAAACGGUGCUAUUCAGUUUUCAAAACUAUUCAGACUGUCUCUGGACAGAUUCGGGCAAGAAAAAAUAACCCAAAUACGGUAACCUACCAGUCGGCCAGGCUAGAGUGAACACAGGAGACAUUCAUGUACACAUUAGUCUUCAAAGAAUUUUAGUUGUAAGCUAACUUUAUAAAUGCUUUAAACAUUAAUAUUGUGUAAACAAUAGCUAUGUAUAAAAUAUAUAAAUAUAUAUAUAUAUAAAAGAGGAUAUUGUUUUAUUACUUCAUGUAUACAAAUGACAAAGUAUUGAAGAUCUGAAGACCAAAGAACGUUUUCUGGAGCCCAUUGAUCAACAGUUAAUAAUUCCACCAAUCAAUCACAUCUUUAUUAUAAUCAUAGACCAGAACAGACCACCCAUCUUUUGCAAAUUGUUCCGUUUACGUUGAGAGGGCCUGAAGCUUUUGAUCAAGAGAUCUCUUAUGCCAAGUUUUUGUACCGGAUUAGGGCCUGAAGCUUGUUUAUGCAUGAGAAAAAAACAGCAAAGAACCAAACUAACCUGACAUGCAGGAGACCAACAUUCUCUAAGUGUCCGGAGACUUUGAAAGUGAACCCUGAACAAAACAACAACGUAAAAUUAAGUCAUGGUCAAUGCAGGUAGUCCUCAAUUUACAAUAUCAGUGUAGCAACUCUUCAAAGUUAGUGGCACUGAAAAAAGGAAGGACAGUCCUCACACUGACAAUCAUUACAGCAUUUCCGUAGUGACGUGUUUGGCCCAGAUUCCUGCUGAAUAAAAGCCUUCAAUGAAUUUACUGGAUGGGUUGCAUAACGCAAAUAAAA